GUGAUCCUGUGCUUUCAUCGCAAUGCUUAGCUGUGCGCGAGUGUGAUGAUGAUGGUGCUCCUUGGAAGGAUAAUCUGAUCGGGCAAAAAAUCAAUCCGUGUUCCAGUGGUGGCCAUGGCUUCUGUAAAGACCUGGACGCUAGACAACAAUCCUCUGGUUGCGUCGAAACCCGCCAUAGAAAUAGAGCGAAGCCAGCAGCAGUACGCCAAACAGAAUGUGGUUCUUCCACCGAUACCCAUUUCCAGAAGGUCUGCGAUUCUCAUCUCCGUGCUGCCUUUGGGGCUAAUUUCGCCGCCCCGACCAUCACUGGCCAGAGAGAGGCGCAACCGGACGGCCAUCCCUCUUGAAGAUUACCUCACCGCCACUGAUGGGUUGAAAUACUACGACAUUGUUGAAGGAAAGGGCCCGGUGGCAGAAAAGGGAUCAACAGUACAAGUGCAUUUUGAUUGUGUAUAUCGUGGUAUUACAGCAAUAUCAAGUCGAGAAUCUAAACUCUUAGCUGGAAAUCGCAUCAUCGCUCAGCCUUAUGAGUUCAAGAUUGGAGCUCCCCCCGGAAAGGAAAGAAAGCGUGAAUUUGUUGACAACCCGAAUGGCUUGUUCUCUGCACAGGCUGCACCAAAACCGCCGCCAGCUAUGUAUACAGUAACUGAAGGGAUGAAAGUUGGAGGAAAGAGGACUGUAAUAGUUCCUCCUGAAGCUGGAUAUGGCCAGAAGGGUAUGAACGAAAUUCCAGUAAGCCCUCAAUAGCCAUGCCAGGAGCUACAUUUGCGUUGAAUGUUGAGCUCUUGCAAGUAAUGCCACCAGAAGGGAAGUAGCCUAAUUCAGGGUAUCAGAGGUC